CAGAGCCUAUCGGUCUCCACACAGUUUGAGUUUCCUAAUAGAUUGACAUGACAUGUUUUCUUUCGUCAAGGCGGGGUAUUUGAAAAAUGGAAAGAAGACAGACGCUUAAGGAAGAGUUCAAUAGACUAUACUAUGAUAUAAUCAAGAAAAAGCAUCAGGAACAUGAGGGUUUAUUUAGAGGGAAAUCACUCCAUGUCAGCUCAAGCCCAAGUUCAGAGAAGUUGUUGUUAACAUCACAGAGUGUCAAAAGAAAUGGUGAAAAUGUUUUGCAACAUAAAGGUAAAAUUGAGCUUAGAAGAACCAACAAAGAAAAAAAAGAGAAUCUCAGAGAUAUCAUUGACCAGAUGUAUUUAAAUACAAGUUUCUCAACAACUGGCUCAAAAAAAGACAAAUGCAGAAAUAAAUGUCAACCAAGAAAAACUCCUGGUGUCUUUCUCAAACGGACUCUACAAGUUUGCUCAAAAUGUCGGACAAAAAAGCCCAGAAGUUUAUUGUGGAUUGUUGAAAGAAUGGAUUAUAGAACAUUAAAAACCACAACAAAAAUAAAUUGUGAUCAGAAACAUGCAAUGAAACUUAGAAAGAGGAAAAGAAGCUACCAUUUCACUGAGACUGGGAGUGACAGGUUAUUCUGUGUGCAGAACACCUCCAAGCCUGCAAAACUAGCCAUUAUGGAGACAGGGUCUGGGCAGCCGUUGAGCAGGAUGGAAAGUUUUGUGCCAUUCUUUGCUAAACAGAAGUCCCAUUGUGGUGGGGCCUGGAAAGCUAUUGUUGAGGAGAACUAAAGGAGUGUGGAAUACAAAGAGGAGGAGGGGUGGUGGGGGCAGGCCUUACCAAGCAUAAAAUGUUUUGAAAAAUUAUACAUUUUGCUAGAAAUCAAAUUCUAGCAAAAUGCAUGAAAUUCUCUUGAAACAAUUAGUACCUAAAAUUUGUAAACCUCUAAUAAUUUGAUGAAGAUGCAAUGUUCUGUAUAUUAACUCACAAAUAAUGUUGUGCUACAACAACAAUACAGACUUUAACUUUAGGAAAACUAUGUAUAUUCCUUUGCAAGAUAGAUUUCAAAUCUAACCAUUUACAAGAGUCUGUAGCAGCUGUUAAAACUCAAUGUAUUGUACAAAAGAAGAAUGGGUGUUGAUAGAAUUUUGGUGCUGAAAUCAAGUGUCAAACUUAAUUAAAUGUGACACAUACUACUAUAA